AUGCUUGAAGUUGCAAUGUUCGAUAGACCAUCAAUCGACACGAUCAAAUCGAUGUCAUACGUGAUCAAGUCCAACAAUGGCCAAGUUCUGUACAAAUACGACUUCUGGCAGAACUGCUUCAUUGACAAUAACAGCACAUGUGCCUACACAUUGCCAUUGACUCGUUGUCCAUUGUCAACUGCACCCAAUACGAUUGACACAACAAUGAUAGAUUCGGCCGUUGCCAAAGAGAGUGAUGUGUUGAGAGGCUACACAGACACAUAUGCUACCAACACUCUCCAGGAUGCCUGGUCCCAAAUAGUCAAUGGAAUGACCUCCUUGUUGUCCAAUACUAUCCCUAUCCUACAACCUUAUGGAUACGCGUUGGAUAACCUUCAGACACUGCUCAAUGCCGUGCCAGCCAGUGCUCUGCCAACUGAUAUCCAGCAACAGAUAUUCAGUCAAGCCAGCUCCACCGUCAAGUCCGUGGCCUCGUUAUCUGGCAACCUUCUCACCCUCUGGAGCAAGAUCAAGCCUGGCUCAAUGUCCAACAUUGACACCUCUGUCAAGCCAGACAUCAGUUCUUUGUUGGACUCAUUCAAUGCCAACCAGAACACUCAGUUCGCCACCUUGAUGUUGCUUCUCAACAAUGCCAACUACACCCCCGCCAACACUGUCUACCUUCUUCCACUGCUACAAAGCAUGCUGGAAAUGUACAACUCAUACUCUGUAUCAACAAUGAUAUUUAAUAUGAUCGGACUCGAGAUGAUCAAUCUAAUCGACUUCUCGCAGAACGCCCUUACGACCAACUACCAGGUUGGGUUACAAGGACUCUUGACCAAGAUCAAUGGCGACUGGACAUCAAUCAGCUCCAACAUCAAGCAGAAACACUCGUUUGAUGUGCAAGCGAUGCUGGGUCUGCCAUCGGCCAAGCAAGACCCGUACUUUGGACAUUAUCUUUAUUCCCAGAGGAUAUCUGAUUCAAUGUCUAAGAUCAACCUCAACCAACCUGUACAACAAUCACUCAAUCAUCCAGACUAUGGAUUCCUCAGAUAUAUAGACAAUCUCAAGUCCAAGACCCUGCACGACUUCACAUGGCCUCGCGGCGUCACAGGAGUACCAUCGUCUGAUGGCAGCAACAUCUACCCUACACUCGACCCCGCCGCCAGCUUCAAGGGUUCCACCAGUCUGGUCCAAAUCGUUGAUUCGAACGACUCACUUUCGCUAGGGGUUGCGCGAAUGAUGGACCUUGCCCCCAACACGACGAUACUCUAUGCUCCAGGGGCUCACCUGUUUACCCUCUUUGCCGGCAAAGAUAGGCAAGCGGUGAGUGCCGCAUCUACGAAUUGCAGCCAGCCCUGUGCGUUCCCUCAGGGCUGCAACUACGACCCUAAUGGCGCGUUCGAUCCGGUGUGCAUGAACUGCCCACCCAACAAGUACCUCGUAUCGGGCACAUGCGGACUGUGUCAAAACGCCCCGCCAUACUCCACCUACAGGGCCAAUGAGUACUCGGACAAUUACUGUCCAUUCACCUGUAAGGCCGGGUUUGGCCGUGACGGUAUCUCCUACGCAGGAGUCAACUGUGUGACGUGCAACAUCGGCUAUUUCAGUAAUGGCAUAAUCGAUGGCUGUUUCCCCUGCACCUUCCCCUCGAGAUGCCGUACCGCUGGUAACGGCCCCGACUCUGGCUGCGAUUUCCUCAACAGCGCCGAGUCGGACAGCUGUCUCGUGGGAACAAUGUACAACCUUAUUCUCGUGGAUAGCACUACAUUGAAUCCGCUGCUAUCCCUGCCGACGGUCUACCUCAACACGCAGCGCACAAUCCAGAUGUGGCAAACGCUUACCAACCUCCCAACCAAAUCAGUCUUUUACUCACUGUUUGGCGUACAUAACUCCUUCAAGGUCGGCUUAAUGUAUGACGCCCAAUCAGAGACCUUCAGGCCCGUGAUCAUGGGUCCUGAUUUCAAGGGCACGCCCUUGUAUGACUCAGAGUCAUACCAAAAGAUCGUGCCUGGAGUACCCUUCCAUUUGGCCAUAGUUGUCACUUCCACGAUGUUGACCUUCUAUCGCGAUGCGGUCCCACUCAAGGUGUUGCCAUACUCCAACUCACUGCUGCCCAACGCCUGGACGACCAAUGCCACGUACCUUCACUUGGGUGGCCCAGUAGGACACCGACUAAACAUCACCCAAACCGAGGUCAAGAUCAUAAACUCCGCUCUCACUUCGGUCGAGCUGGGGUGGUCGCUGACCGACCGCAACAUCAGGUACGCCAGCAACCCCGCUGCAAAGGAGACGAUUUGUGGCGGCCAAGCCGUGCGUUGCAACACAGAUGUCGGCUUCGUGUUCUCCAACUCAACUUGCAGUUGCCAAUGUCCGCUUGGCUCGGAGAGGGUAGGCGACCGUUGCCUUGAGCGUUGCCCGGCUGGUGCGAUCAGACAACCUGACCUGACAUGUGGCUGCGCCAAUGGUGACACUUUGGCAUUUUCAGGUGACACAGUGACCGUCUCAGUCCUGAAUGUCUAUCCCGAUAACUCUGCAAAGUCAGGCGGAAUCAAGGGCUUGACGAUAACAGCAAGUAAUGGACAACCAAUCUUGCCAACCUCCUGCGUGGCCAGUAGCUUCGAUCGCAACGACUGCACCGCUUUGUAUGACGGCGACAACAGCACAUACUGGGUCUCGGCACCGAAUACAGGCGGUGGCACAGUCACAUUCACGCUGCCGCCCAAUGUCAGCAUCUCCCAGAUCACCGUCAUACCACUGAACACAUCUCAGACGGCGCGCGACGUACAGAUACUCAUCGGACAGCAGGUUGUCGACUCAUACACGAUCAAGGAGUACGGACAAACCCCUUACUACACCACCAGAGCACUUGCCACAGCACCGCGAGGUGGCUCGCCAGAUCAGUACCUUCGCUGCACCCCUUGCCUAACGAACUCCACGAUUAAGGACAACCCGACCUCACCAGACUACAAUUACGCACCUACGUCAACCAAUGGUGUGUGUGGCUGUAAUGACAACAACAAGUACCUGGAUGGACAGGGUUGCUAUGGCCCUCUCCCUACCCCAACAUUGUCCGUGGUCGGUAAGACAGCCAUUGGCACACAGAUAUAUGCUGUGUCCAACUUUGCCAAUGUUGCCAACACUCCUGGCUACAAGAUCAUUCAAACGAAUGAUGGCACAACACCCAAUGGCAACAGUACAGUACUUGAUCAAACACAUCCGUUCACCUCCAACGACAUUGCCAACGUGGUAUACACAUUAAUAGCACGGGCGCCAGGUCGUCUAGACAGUGUAAUUGGUCAGUAUGUCAUAUACUACCAAGGUUUCAUCAGCUGUAUCAUCACUCCAGCCAAUCGUGGUCCUUACAAUGAGACUGCAACAACUUAUGUCAAAUGCACAGCCAACCCUCAGUUUGGAAACUCAGCAUCACUGAUUGGAUAUUGGACCAUAGAUGGAAGCACUCCAACAGUCUACUCUGAUCGCUAUAAUGAACAGUAUGGUAUCCAAUUGGUCGCUGAUCCAUACAUUGGCAUCAACAUAUUCCAAGUCAAGAUACUGUUCAUGAUGUCUGGCUACUUUGACUUCACAGACUCGGCCAACUUCACGGUCAAUGCCAAGGUACGGCCGCCAACCAUAGUUCCAUCUGACACCAAAGAAGUGAAUCAAGUCUCACCUAGGUUCGAAGAACCGGUACAAGCAACUGAUGCCAAUGGUGUGCCACAGCACUUCAUCGACUACACCAUAUACUGGCGCCUCAUCUAUUCGGGAGACUUCAACACCACCACCAUACCAUUGACCAAGGCAACAGGCACCCGAUAUGACCCUGCUGUCCCCUUCAUUGUUACAUGUCCCAUCCCCACAGACUCGUGUCUUGUGCGACUCCAAGCAAUUGGAUGUCUAGGUGACCUCUGCUCCGAGACCGUGACCGUAGGCUAUCAUCUCAAGUUCAAUGCAUCGGCAUUGAAACCCGCCAUCACAUACGACUACAAGUCGGGUAUGACCACUGUGACCAUCGACAGUCGAACCACCAUCACGGUUGGACUGAAGACAAUGUACGUGAUGGUCUAUACCAAGUUACGUGCCAACAUCAGCUGUAGCUCAGAUGUGGUCGACUGGCUCAGCCCCACACAAUACCACUCACCGUUCCCGAUCACGAACCAAGGUUUCUACAAGAUAUAUGCCAGGAACUACUUGGGAAGUGUUGCUGGAGAGAUUGACUGCGUGCUGAUCGAGCAAACCGUUCAGAUCGACCCACCUAUCAUAUUAGCUUCCGACCUGAUUUACGCGGACCCAGAUGGAGAAGUACGUAUCCAUAUCGUCGGUAACAACACCUACAUCGUACACGCAGCCAAUAUAAUGGUGUCGUUGAAUAGUGGCAUUGCCAACAAUUACACAUCGUCCAGCCUCUCCAGCGGCUGGCUCACAUUGCAAUUGGCUCCAGGCAUUCAAUCCCAGAGCUUCAUAGUGUCAGCCAUUGAUAACACGCCAGGGUACAUCCCUUCAGAGGCCACGACCAUGACCAUCACUGUUAGACGAGUUUGUUCGGAUCCCGAGUUCUACCCAUCCACAGUGAACCAUUUGGCCAAUGUCACCAUGACAGGAUCAUGCCAAAUGGGUUGCGUACUGUACUGCACAUUUGAUGGAUCGCAGCCUGGUAGCGCCAACUCGGAACCAUGUCUACAAGGAAAGUUGCUCACGACCAGAGACGGGGAGGACACUUCAACAUAUGUCGUGUUGGCAGGCUGCUUCCACUCGGUGAUGGGCGACAGUAAUAUUAAGAGCCAGACCUAUGUGAUUGAGUCGAAGGACCGUCCUGGCCAAGGAGUAGUCUCACCAUCACUUGUUCUCAACAAUCAAAAUGGCACGGUAACGAUCACCUGCCCCUCGAAUGACCCGCAGCGCGAGAAAAUUGAUCCAUUCUACACUGUGAAGGAUCGUGAGACCGGAGCCAUCAUACCCAUUGACAAUCAACAAGCUGGUCAAUAUGGACAGCAGUACAAGUAUGGUGCACCAUUCCAGAUUGAUGGACAUAUUGGUGAGAUGGGGGUAACAGUUGUGUGCUCGGUAGUGUCGUCUCCACACCAAUACCAAGUGUAUCAAUCAUCGGUAUCGACAACAUAUAUCAAGGUUAUUGACAAAUGCGAUGGUGUGUACAAUGCCGGGCAGAAUGGAACAGUCACCGAAACAACGAUUAUCACUCUGUACACUCACGGUGGCUCAUUGGACAACAUUCACUGGUGGGUAUCACCCACACCAUGUAAUGGUCAGUCACUUCCAUCCAACUCAACGCUCUACUCUGGACCAUUCCCUUUGAGCUCAACUGGAUACCUGUGCGCUGUUCAGGGAGACUUAUGA